AUGGUAAGGACCUUGUCUGUUCUGGGAAUAACGGGGACUGUAAAGAGUUACUUAUUGAUGUUGAGGCCGCAGGUCGGCCUGGGCUUGGCCUUGUCCUCGUGGCGUGGUGGGCUGCUGGUCUCAGUGAUCAAAACAGCAUGCAUUGCCAGCCUGUCCUACUGUGGCCCCAACGUCCUCAACCACUUCUUCUGCGAUGUCUCCCCCCUGCUCAACCUGUCCUGCACCCACGUGGCCCUGACGGAGCUGGUGGACUUCAUCUCCGCCAUCGUCAUCCUCUGGGGUUCCCUCCUUGUGGCCAUGGCCUCCUAUGUGGCCAUCGGUAGGGCGGUGCUCCGCAUGCCGUCAGCCGCUGCCCGGCGCAAGGCUUUCUCCACCUGCGCCUCCCACCUGGUAGUGGUGGGCAUCUUCUACUCGGCCGCUCUCUUCAUCUAUGCCCGUCCCAGUCGCAUCGAAUCCAUGGACCUCAACAAGGUGCUGUCUGUCAUCUACACGGUGGCCACGCCCAUGUGCAACCCCGUCAUCUACUGCCUGCGCAACAGGGAGGUGCAGGCGGCUUUCCGUAGAACCGUGCAUUGGUCCUGA